ACACAAAUAGUGAAAUUUCUCACACCUUGAAGAUGCUCUGGUAGUCUGGUACUGUACAGUCGCAGCGGCGAAAGGGGAAUCGCGCGAAAUGGAGCUCUCAUCGGCGGGGAGGUGGACUGACCUCCCCGAGGACAUCGCCCUAGCCGUCGCCUCCCGCCUCCAGGAGGCUGAUGUGUGCGCGCUCGGCGGCUGCUCGCGCACCUGGCGCAGAGCCUGCGACGCCGACUGCAUCUGGGAGCGCCUCUUUCGCUGCCGCUGGCCAGCUGCCGUGGCGGAGGCGUCGGCGUCGUCGUCCCGUAUGCAGGGCUGGAAAGCUCUCUACAUCAGCCAACACAGAAGAAUGGCUGCUGCAAUAUCUAAUGUGGUUGAAUUUGUGGGAGGCAGCUUAAAUAAUGGGUCACUUGAAUCCGAAUACUAUCUGAAAGCUAUUGCUGAUUUGGCCAUGAUACUUGAUAUAGGAUUUCUCGAUGUCCAGUUUUUCUUGUUUUCAAGGAACCAUAGUGCGAUAAUAAACCUAAUUGGACUGCACUACUCGAUCGCAUCUUUGCAUGUGCUGCCAGCUGAAGUCAGUAAAGCACUCCAAGCUCACCGUGUAUCAGAAAGGAUGGUUUGUGUGAACUUGCUCAAGCUUGGUAGGUGGUUCUAUGGUUUCCGGUUGCCUGAUGAGUACGAGUCCCGCAAAAUCUCGCUAGGUGAGCUCACCACGGCUGAGGGAGCAGAGAUUCUUGCCAUUCUUAACCGUGGAGCUGUCCACGAGGUGUUUCGUCUCCGCAUCGGUUUGGUGAACGUAGAUAAGUGAUCUGGAGUACAAAAAAAGUACACACACAAUAUGUACUUGGCUUGUUUUGCCCAUUGUAAAUAUGUGUAGUCUUUCUGUGUUGUAAGUCAUCUGCUGCUCUCUGGGUUCUUCUUUGUUGUAAGUGCAACUGUGGGGAUGGAUCGAAGUAUGGACCCAUUUAAACUUUUGUGGCAUCAUAGUCUUCUAUAAACAAAUAAUAAAGGCUUGCCAUGUGUAAUUAGUGCU